AUGGCGAAGGUAGUCAAGUCAGCGAUACCAGCGACGCCGGCCAAGUCGAGUGGAACGCGCAACGAGCUUUCGGUGCGCCCCGGAAGCUCGUUCUCGACCUCAGCGACGGAUCGGAUGGAGUCGAUCGACGAGCGUUCGGCGAGCUACAACAUGGCGAUUGAUUUCUCGGACGCCAAGGAAGAUGAAGAAGAUGAUGACUGGAAUGUCAGGACUGUGAUGUCCGAGGGUUCGGAAGCUGCGAUUGUGUCAGCAGGUCGCAGUGGAGGGUCGAGGUCGAUCACCCGCGACCUCUCCGAAAUCUUCAAUGCCAUGCCGGGCCCCGAGCCUGCCUACGACGCAGAUGACGAUGCAACCGAGGGCUUCAAACCAUCGGUGACGGUAGGAGGGGUAUCCUCCAAGCCGGUUGGCACUCGCCCUCCCCUCAACGGCGAUACUCCGGCGGUCAACAAGGUUCUAGGCCGGUGCCUAGACAUGAUGAAGACCAAGAGUGAGUGGAUGCAGUUGUUCUCCCCGAAGCAGGUUCGCCAGGCCAUCUGGAUGGACCUCGGAGGGGCGAUGGUCACGCCGAUCAACUCAACGAGCACUCGGCAGGUCGCCCAGAACACUGUGGACCUCCUGCGAGCAAUGGGUGCGAGCUCCAGAUCCUCCCGACGGAGGCAGCGCUCGCAAGUUGGACGCCGACUGCCGCGGCCACGGCGGAGAAAGAAGCUGUGUAGCGCUUUCAGGGUGACGGACGUCAGUGCGCGAGGCGCAAAGUUCAGCCUCGGAGGCGGUAGACCCAUCGAAGGUCCCGCUACCAGCGACCCCUCGACGGAUGACGGAGUCUAUGCAACUAAGGGCGAAGCCUCGCCGUACUGCAAGACUCGUACACGGUAA